GGCCUGAGGCCGGGGGCCGGCGGCGGCGGCGGCGGCGGGGAGCUCGCAGGCGGAGAAGCCGGGAGCGCGGGGCUCAGUCGGGGGACGGCGGCGGCGGCGGCUCCGGGGAUGGCGGCGGCUCCGCUGCUGCUGCUGCUGCUGCUCGUGCCCGUGCCGCUGCUGCCGCUGCUGGCCCAGGGGCCCGGGGGGGCGCUGGGCAACCGGCAUGCGGUGUACUGGAACAGCUCCAACCAGCACCUGCGGCGAGAGGGCUACACCGUGCAGGUGAAUGUGAACGACUAUCUGGAUAUUUACUGCCCGCACUACAACAGCUCGGGGGUGGGCCCGGGUGCGGGGCCGGGCCCCGGAGGCGGGGCGGAGCAGUACGUACUCUACAUGGUGAGUCGCAGCGGCUACCGCACCUGCAACGCCAGCCAGGGCUUCAAGCGCUGGGAAUGCAACCGGCCGCACGCGCCGCACAGCCCCAUCAAGUUCUCGGAGAAGUUCCAGCGUUACAGCGCCUUCUCGCUGGGCUACGAGUUCCACGCCGGCCACGAGUACUACUACAUCUCCACGCCCACCCACAACCUGCACUGGAAGUGUCUGAGGAUGAAGGUGUUCGUCUGCUGCGCCUCCACAUCGCACUCCGGGGAGAAGCCGGUCCCCACUCUCCCCCAGUUCACCAUGGGCCCCAAUGUGAGGAUCAACGUGCUGGAAGACUUUGAGGGAGAGAACCCCCAGGUGCCCAAGCUUGAGAAGAGCAUCAGCGGGACCAGCCCCAAGCGGGAACACCUGCCCCUGGCCGUGGGCAUCGCCUUCUUCCUCAUGACACUCUUGGCCUCCUAGUUCUGCCCGCACCCACCCUUGGCGGGGAAGAGAUGGGGCAGGGCAGGGUCGGGAAGGAGGAAGCCGGCCUGCCCGGCUGUGGGGCCUGACCCAUCCCCUUGGGGCUUUAAAGUGGGGUGAGCGUGGUACAUCUGUGCCCACCCCCUCUGCCCUCUUCCUCCCCAGGUAGGGCAUGGGAAUGAACCAGGUGAAGGAGGGACAGCCACGGCUCCCGAGGGCCUGGUGGCUCUGCAAGUGUUUGGUACCAAACUUAGGGGCCAUGAAGGGAGCGCUCAGGGGGUCCCGCCCCCGCCAGAGUGUCUCUCCAUCCCCUGGCACCCUCCCCCUGUGUCCCCCCAGACAGAGAACCACGCCCCAGAGAGAGCAAAUGGAAGCCUGGGCAGUCCCCGCAGCCCUCUCUUCUGGGGGCUGAGCCUGGGGAGGGGACCCGAUGGGUGGGGGGCAGCCGUGGUCGCCACCCCCGCCCCUGUUUACAGCAAUAAGCACGUCCUCCUCCCCUCCCCCCACUCCCACUUCCAGGAUAGUGGUUUGGAUUGGAUCCAAGUUUACAAGCAGACACCCCUGGAGGGCAGGCAGUGGGCAGGGGCGGCAAGGUGGGCAUCGGGGUGCCAGGCAGGCAUGUACAGACUCUAUAGCUCUAUAUAUAAUGUACAGACAAGAGUUCCGCUCCCUCCCCCGGCCUCCCUUCCCCCCCAGGCUAGACUCCUCACCCCCCCCAGGCUAGGCCCUCCCCACCCGGGGGACCCCCUGGCCCCUCUUUCGUCUUCCGUGAAGACAGGACCUAUGCAACGCACAGACACUUUUGGAGACCGUAAGACAACAGCGCCCCGUCCCUUCCAGCCGGGCCCUCGCCCCGCCCACCUCUGUGGUCCCCACCCAUCCUCCUGGGCCUUUUUCAAGUGCUUUGGCUGUGACUUUAUACUCUGCUCUUAGUCUAAAAAAAAUAAAUAAACUGGAGAUAAAAAUAA